GGCCCCAAGCCCCACGAACUGUAUGGCAAAUUUACAUGGAAGAUUGAAAACUUUUCGGAAAUCAGCAAACGGGAGCUGCGGAGUAACGUGUUCGACGUGGGGAACUAUAAGUGGUACAUCCUUGUAUACCCACAGGGCUGCGACGUGUGCAACCAUUUGUCGCUAUUUCUCUGUGUCGCGGACUACGAUAAGCUGCUGCCGGGCUGGAGCCACUUCGCACAAUUCACGAUAGCCGUCGUGAACAAGGAGCCGAAGAAGUCCAAGUACUCCGACACUCUUCACCGCUUCUGCAAGAAGGAGCAUGACUGGGGGUGGAAGAAGUUCAUGGAGCUAUCAAAAGUGCUGGAUGGCUUCACUGUUGCGGAUACACUUGUGAUCAAGGCGCAGGUCCAGGUCAUUCUGGACAAGCCAAGCAAGCCGUUCCGCUGCCUUGACCCACAAUACCGGCGGGAAUUGGUGCGGGUGUACCUCGCAAACGUCGAGGGAAUCUGCCGGCGUUUCUGCGAGGACAAGAAGAGCCGGUUGGCAUGGGCGCGCGAGGAGGUGUCGUCGUUCCGCCAGUUCUGGGGGUCCCUACUGCCCGAGCAGCAACGCAAGUUCUUAACGGACAAAGGCGAGGUGAUCCUCAAGGCGGUCGUGAAGCAAUUCUUCAACGAAAAGGAGGUCACGUCCACCCUGGUCAUGGACGCGUUGUAUAGCGGCUGCAAGCAAAUCGAGGAGCACAGCCGCGCGUGGCUGGAGGGCAAGUACACGGAAAAUGCCCCGGUGGUGUUGAUAAAGGCGGAGCGCAGCACCUUCACAUUGUGCGGCGACCUGAUGGACAUUGUGGACCGAGUGCAGAAGGACUUCAUUCCAGCGCCGAAGGACGACAGUAAGGAGGGUGACGACUACCGCCGUGACUCCAUUGAGCGCGACGAGAAGCGACUAGCGGAGUUGGGGCGGAAAACCUUGGAGAUGUUUGUGAUUGCCCACAUUUUCUGCGAAAAGCUGGAGAUCGCUUACCGGGAGGCGGAGGCCCUGAAGCGUCAGGACCAGCUCAUCGCUGAGGAGUUUGAGAUGGCGCGGCUUGAGGAGAGCAAGGCGCAGGCCAAGGCGCAGGCGGACAAGGAGAAGAAGGCCAAGAAGAAGGUGCGCAUGUAA